CCCUCUGUGUCGCAUCUGAGAUGUUCUUCACGGAGAGCUUUCACACACACACAUACACACACACACACACACACCCACAGCUUUCAUUUAUCCGCCGAUCAGUCCAUUCAUUUAUUAUAACCGUGACAACAAGAGGAGAUGGGAGAAAAACCUCCAAAAGUGACUCCAUGGGCCCUUUGGACCUUAAUUUGCUUUUUUUUGUACGGAGUUCUGCAUGGACAAGAUAUUCAGGUUCCUACUGUACAAGAAUGCUGUCAGGAUGGAAGGGAUCGGGCCCUGGGAGGACAACACUGUGAUAUCCUCCCCCUCCUUGCCAUCUCCCACACCUGCCGGAUCGUUCAGGAGCAGUGCUGUGCAGCAGCAGCAGGAGACCAACUCUGUGACAAAGGCAUGAAAAUGGCCAAGGAGCAAGGGGCCUGUGAGCAGCCCUUCUUCCAGGGAGAACCCUGGGAAACCAAGAUCUCUAAGAUGUGUUGUGACUGCUGUGUGCUGGGCCUAAUGACAGCGAGCCGGGGAUCAAGCUGCGAGCUCCUGGGUUUGUCUCUGGAGAGGCAGUGUGCACACACGGCUAAAAACUGCUGUGGCAUAAACUCAGUGGAGAAAACCGAACAAACAGCUCCAGUCACAACAAAGCCUGCCGCACAUUUCACCACCAAGCCUCCAGAGGGAUUGGACGGCUGUAGAGAUUCCAAUUGCUCACAGUUGUGUGUAGGGAAUGGCACAUGUGCUUGCCUUGAUGGUUAUCAACUGAAAAAGGAUGAAGUGAGUUGUGUGGAUUCUAACGAGUGUCUGACAGGCAAUCACAACUGCGUCUCCGGCCAAGGCUGCAUUAACACAGAGGGUUCCUUUCGCUGUCAGAGGGAAACCAGCUGCGGCACCGGGUAUGAACUCAGAAAUGACAACGUUUGCCACGACAUAGACGAGUGUACUUUGGGCUCCCAUAACUGUGGAGCAAACUUUUUGUGCAGUAACACAGCAGGCUCUUUCCGCUGCUACCCAAGGGAUAGUUGCCCAAUCGGUUACAUUCAGGACGCUGUGGGCAACUGUAACGAUGUAAACGAGUGUUUGGCCUAUUCCAGUCCAUGCCUGCCUGGCGAGACUUGUAUCAACACAGAGGGCUCCCACACUUGUCGCAGGAACACAAUCACCUGCGGACGAGGCUACCAUCUGAUUGAGGACGGCACGCGGUGUGAAGAUGUGGACGAGUGUCGUACAGGGAAUGUGUGCGGUGUCCAUGGGUGUGUCAACCUAGUUGGAACGUACCGCUGUGAAUGCAGAAUUGGCUUCAUCUUCAACAGUAUCACCAAGCUGUGUGAAGAUAUCAAUGAGUGCAGGCAUUAUCCUGUGCAACUCUGCGCCCACAAGUGUCAGAACACAGAGGGGUCCUACAAGUGCAGCUGCGCCACUGGCUUCCAACUGGCCCCCGACAGUAGAAACUGUGAAGAUGUCAACGAGUGUGAAGCCAACCCUUGCAGCCAGGAGUGUGCAAACGUCUACGGCUCGUACCAGUGCUACUGUCGCCGUGGUUACCAACUGAGUGACAUCGAUGGGAUAACUUGUGAAGAUAUCGAUGAGUGUGCUCUGCCUACUGGAGGUCACGUUUGCUCCUACCGCUGCUCCAACGCCCCGGGGAGUUUUUACUGUACCUGCCCACCCACAGGCUACACACUCGCACACAAUGGACGCACGUGCCAAGACAUUGAUGAAUGUGCCGCGGGAAUCCAUACUUGUUCUGUCACCGAAAGCUGCUUCAACAUCCAGGGAGGAUUUCGCUGUCUCUCCUUUGCAUGUCCACAGAACUUCCGGCAAGCAGCACAGGGCCGUUGCGACCGAGUCACUUGCGAGUUCAGGCGGGAUCCUGCGUCGUGUUUCUUGCUCCCGCUGAGAAUCUCCUUCUACAACAUCAGCUUUCCAACCAACACCCCCGUCCCUGCUGUUGUUUUCCGAAUGGGACCCUCUAACUCUGUCCCAGGAGACAAAAUGCUGCUAAACAUAGUGUCCGGAGACGAGAAAGGAUACUUUGCCGUGCAGCAGCAUGCACAUGGAGGAGAGAUCUCACUGCGCCGUAACCUUACCCUGUCGCAGGACUUCUUUCUGACCGUGGAAAUGAGGUUGAUUCGCUACGGGACGGCUCAUCUGUAUAUGGCCAAGAUUGCGGUGUUUAUCACAAACGAGCAGCCCAUCCGGCCUUCAAGAACAUUUCCAUAUUAGAAGUCUGUGAAAUAAAAAAAACAACCUAUUAUACCCAGUAUGCAUUUUUUACAAGGGUUUUUAAAUGUGUUUUCAUCCAGAGUUUAUAAGUGGCUAAUAAAUAAUUGUUGAUCAGUGAAAAUGCAAAAAAACGUAACAACUAAUACGACUACCAGAGUCUUUUAUGAUGGACUGGGGUGACUAUUUAGUUUUAUAGCUUAAUUCUUCUUCUCAGAAUCGAGCUAAAAAGAUGAAUAGCAUUCUCUGUCUGUAGACUGUGCUUUAAAUGAAGCUAUAAGCGAGCAUCCGGUUAGCUUACUUUAGCAUAAAGGAACAGCUAGCCUGGCUCUGUACAGCAAAUACUCCAGAAGGUCACCGUGCUAAGGUUACUUAUGCUAGGCUAAGCUACGUGGCUGCUGUUACGUUAUAUUACACAGACAUGAGGAUGGUAUUGAUUUUCUCUUUUUACUUUCAGCAAGACAUGUUGUGAGGUCCCCCCCUAAAAUACAAACAAUACCUUUUAACACAUUUUUGAGGUUAUAAAAGCAAAUUUGCGCAUGAAAGCUCAGAUGGAUUUCUUUGAAAAAAUGCCAUGUCUUUUUAUCUAAUAUUUCAACACUCAAUGCCUUUUUUUAAUUUACUCUAAUGUAUAUAUAUGUUAAGAAUAUUAGGACAUUUUACCACUAGAUGGGGCUCAUUAUCUAUUAAAGAUCUCUACAACACUAUGACAGGAUUGUUCAUGUGUAAUAAUUUGUACAGAUGGCAGCUCACUCUUCCUCAGCUUCCCUUUAUGUGUACUUUCUAAGUGAUUGGAAUUAAAGAAGUGACAGAUAAAAAUGGCUUUUUACUCUUUAAUAUUCAAGCACAAACACACACACCGGCAAU